AGGCCGCAAUCAUGAUCUACGGCCUCCUGAUAGCCGUGCCACUGCUGACGCGCUUAGUGCUGUGGAUCACAGGCCAAUCGCCCGACAGUGUCAACUUCAGGCAGAUGAUCUGCGUGUACGGCUACUCGCUGACGCCAACGAUUCCUGUGUCCUUGGCAUGCCUGGUCCCGCUAGAGGGCGUCCGGUGGCUCUGCGUUCUGGGCGGCACCGGCAUAUCGAUGCUGUUCAUCCGCGAGUACCUCCUGAUGGACAUCUCCGCGGAGGCGCCCUCGCUGAAGUGGAAGAUGGUGGUCCUCUUCUUUGGCUCGCAGCUGCUCAUCUUCUUAGUGUACCGCGUCCACUUCUUCUGAUGCGCGGGGAGCUUGCCAGCCCGAAGCAUAUCUUGCGGCCAUCGACGAGACCGAGGCCGGCAGGGGAGGGAGGAGGCCCCACGCCCCCCGCCGUGCUCCCCGGUGCCCCCCGGGCCGCACGGGCGCGGAGGCGGUGUGCACGAAAA